AUGAUAGACUGGAUAAUGGGCACUGCUUGUCGGCACUCAAGAAGUGUCCAAAUCAGUCCAGAGCAUCGUAUCACAGAUCUUGAAGACGCUGAUGAUGCAGUCCUUUUUGUUGAGAGUUAUGAUGAAAUACAAAUAAUGCUAAAUAACGUGUCAACAACUGCAGCGAGAAUCGCACUCAGAAUCAGUAGCAUCAGAGCGUCGCCUUCGCUGGUUAGGGCACACCGUCGUCCACCACAGGAGUUAACGCAUGUUUCGUUAUUUGCUAAACCGUGUGAUGAUUGGCGUCAAAAGCGAGGUGGUCCAAUCAAUACCUGGACUGAUACGGUAAGAAAAGAUUUUGAACGUAUAGGACCAGCAAUAUAUGGACUUAGACGAUGGAAAAAGGAAUGGCUUCCAUUACUGUCGACGAUGGCAUCAGACCACACCGCUUGGAAGCGUCUUACGCUUGUAGACGACCAGCGAUAUAUAAACCUAGAUGAUGGCUUCUAUUAUUGUAAACGAUGGCGUCCCGAAUAG